AUGCUGGAUUAUUUGCGAAAUUUACCAGCAAAAGCAUUUGAGCGUGGGAUGUUUGGGCGCGGUGGUGUGGACACAAACAAGGUAGGUCUGGACUUGGCACCUGUCAUUGAUGGUUAUUUUUUGCCGAAACCAAUUGCUGAACUAAGAAAAGAAACGCCGGUCAAGAGUUGUAUGGUUGGAGCUUGCCAACAUGAAAGUCUUGUUUUCGCGGCUCUACUGCCAAGCGCAUUUACGGCGCGCGGGAUGGACAAGUUGUUGAGAACUUACAUUCCGGAGGACAAGUAUCCCAACUGCGAACAGCUGAGAGACAAAGCUAGGGAGUACUAUUUAAAUGAUGUGGACACAGCGAACAAACUCUCCGUUGCUAAAGCAUAUGAUAAGAGCCGACAACAACUACGAAUCAUUCUUUUUUUUUCAGGUGCAACACACUGCACUGAAAUAUCGUACAUAUUUGGAGUGAGUAUCAUUUUCUCAUUCAAAUACACGAAGAUGGAUGAGCAAGUGAAGCAUAUGACCGGCAAACUGUGGACAAAUUUUGCCAAAUUUGGGUAUACCCGUUUUGUCCAUUAA